AUGUUUGUUGACUUUGUCCACGCAUUGUUCUCCGAAGCAUCGACUGAAGUGCGAAGUCAAACAACCGAAAAUGAAGCCGCACUCUCAGCUCACCCACAACGUUCAAUGCCCGAACCCGAUGACCAGCGCCUUUUUUGGAAUUUUCGUGGCACUUGUGAAAAUAUAGGCCGGUCGGCUAGUGGCAGUGUGUCAGGCUGCUCGAGUAGUUGUCCCGCCCUCGUCUCCUUGGAUCCUGUCCGGUUGGCUGUACUCAUCGCGGUCAUUGUCAUAAUAGCGAUAGUGGAUAUACCGUCGGAAGAACUGCUGGAUUCAGUACAGAACUUGAAGCUUCUCGAGGGCGACAUCUUCGGAAUGCCGAAUGUGGGCGAAUCAACUCUUCGACGAUUUCGUGACGAUCCUGCUAUCGACGAGGAGGCUGUUUUCAGUAGACCAUACUACAGUGCACUGAACCUCAUCACGUAUCCAGAAAAGCUAUGGACAAAUGGGCAAGUACCAUAUGUUCUCGAAGAGGGGAUGACAACCGAGUAA